AUGUUCCCGCUGUGGGCGAGGUAUUCUCCCCUGAUCGGACUGUUCAUCGUGUGCGCGGCUCUUUUCGUGAGCGCCUACGCCAGGAACGUCACGGAGCUCAUCAUCACCCAGGGGGUCUUCUACGGUAUCGGCGGAGCCAUCGCAUAUAUGCCCUGCAUCAUGUAUAUCGACGAGUGGUUCGUCAAGAGGAAGGGCCUUGCUUACGGCAUCAUGUGGUCCGGGACGGGGCUAGCCGGCGUGGUGCUGCCGCUGAUCCUCGAGAAGCUGCUUGAGAUUUACGGCUACAAGACGACCAUGAUUAUCUGGGCGGUGGUGCUGUUCGCCAUCACGGCCCCGCUGGCAUGGUAUAUCAAGCCGCGGGUUCCGCCGCUGCCGGUGCGGCGACUCAAGGCCUUCAACUUCCGCUUCUGCCUCUCGCGCCGCUUCAUCAUGUACCAGCUGUCCAACACGAUCGAGGCGGUCGGCUUCUACAUCCCAGGUAUCUACAUCCCUAUCUACUCGGCCAGCGUACUCGGCGCCGCCCACUUCGCUACCGCCCUGUGCAUCCUCCUCUUCAACAUCUCCUCUGUCGUUGGUUGCAUUGGCGUUGGAUGGCUUAUCGACCGCUUCCACGUCACCACCUGCGUCUUGGUCACCACCGUCGGCGCCACACUCGGCACUUUCCUCCUUUGGGGGUGCGCCUUCAACAUGCCCAUGGUCUAUGUCUUCUGCGUCAGCUACGGCCUAUCAGCGGGUUCUUUCUCCACCACCUGGACCGGAGUCAUGCGCGAGGUGGCCGGCAAGGAUAUGUCGAGCAGCAGCACCCCAGAUGUCGUGGCUGGAGCCGGCAGCGGCAACGGUGGUAGUGCUGACGGUCUCGGGCCCGCCGAGUCGCCCCUGUCCGAGUACACCGGCUCCUACGCCGAGCACGUCGACCCAAUCAUGGUGUUCGUGAUGCUCGCCGCGGGCCGCGGCUUCGGCAACGUCAUCUCGGGCCCGCUUAGCCAAGCCAUGUACUACUCGAUGCCGUGGAAGGGCGAGGCGGCCCUGGCGUACGGCAGCGGCUACGGCAGCCUCAUCGUCUUCACCGGCGUCACGGCGCUAGCGUCCGGAAUCUGCUUCCUCGGGCGUCGAGUCGGGUGGUGCUGA